AUUGCAAUUCAAAGAUUUCAAUGAACUUUCCAAAUGUUGGAAAUUAAAUGAACAAUUCGAGUCUCGCUGGUUCAAAAAUCAACUCUUAUGUUAACCAUUAUUUGAAUGUUUUAUCAAAGCCUAACAAAUUUUUGCUUUAAAAUGAGGAUUAUUUAGCCAAAUGGCAAUUUUAAUAAUUGCCAAUUUAAUCGGGAUUAUACAGGUAUAACCAUUUCGUCUUGUAAAACUUGAACCUCUUUGGUGUAACUAUUUGAAAUUACCUUUGAAUUACUAUUGAAUUUAAUCUGAAUUAAUGUUGACCAGACAAGACGAGUUGAAAUGUUUUCUUGAGUCAAUUGCCGUAUUGAGACAAAAUUGACUGAACCAAGACUAAGGAAGCUUUAUAUUUUACAUCUCUUGAUAUGCUGUUGUUGGUAAAGCAUAAUCAGUUUUUGCAUUGAUUAGUUAAUUUUGGAUACAUUUUUUUCCAAUGAAAAUUCUCUUUCAAUUCCCCCAAUUUACAACACCGAGUCCACUUACUCCUUGGACAGUACCAACUACUUCAUACACAACGGGAUGGCCAACAGGACAGACCUACCCAACAAGCACAACCUACGGAACUACAAAAACCUACGGAACUACAUCAACCUAUGGAACGACACCAACCUAUGGAACGACACCAACCUAUGGAACUACAUCAACCUACGAAACUCAACCAACCUACGAAACUGACCCACCUUAUCAAACCACACCACACUGGCCACCUCUAACAACAAGUUGGACAGCCAGGCCAACAGCAGCUACUAGACAAACAACUUACAGACCAUUUACAAAUUAUCCAACAACCAAGUCACCAAAUACAUACAAACCAGCAACAAUCAAACCAAAUGGACCAUCAGGCAACUGUUCAUCCGCUGCUAGUUCAACUUUACCCCAGCAAAGUACAUUAAUUUUAGGUGUUGGUCUACUUCUAGUUUUAGGUGUUGUCUCACUUAUUGGAAUACAAGUUUACACUAUAUUCAACAAGAAUUCAUCAAAAUCAGAAUCCAGGAACCAUCCAUACCGAGGACCAGCCAGACGACCCAGUCCAGAGUAUUCGAUACCCGAGCGAGUCUAUCCUGGUUUACCAUCGUAUGAGGCUAGACCUUCAGAGAAUCGAUUUUCCGAUGUGAGUACAACUUCAUCUGAUUUUGAUUUGGCAGGGUUAACCCGUGGAAAUGAAGUUCCCAUAACGAAAAACAAAAGAUAUUUCACUUUGCAAAAGGCCAAGAAAAGUAACACUGGCGCUUCUGGGAUUCCGAGGAUUCCGAAGUCAAACAAGGUUAGCUUUAAAAGAGCUGCUGAUUGGUAUCGACGAGAUAUGCCUGAUUCAGAUGAAGCCUAUCCAUGAAGUUUCAAACAUUAUUGGAAGCUUUUUUUAAUUCCGUCUUCUUUUGUUAACAAUGAUUCCAAAGCAGUAACACUUGCAGCUGCAAUUUACCGUAUAAAUAUCAUUUUAUUGUGGAAACAUCAUUUAAAUUAAUUUUCAAUGAUUAAUAAACAAUU